GUAAAUCAGAUUCAGAUAUGAUUAAUCCCAAAAAUGGCUACUCCCCGGCAACAAAAACAUUUCACAGUCUGCGGCCUGUGGUCCCAUUACCACCGGAAAAUAUGCCACUCUCUGCCGCAACAUACGCUCUCUCCCUUCAGCUCGCCACCCCCUGGCACCACCUGACUGCCAUCAUCGACUCGGAGACAGGCCACCGUGUGUCUUACUUGGAGUUCACCAAGCUCACUAAAAACUUGGCCUUGUAUUUAACAAAUCAGCUUAAACUCAAUAAAGGCCAAAGUGCAUUCAUCUUAUCUCCGAGCUCAAAUUUGAUUCCAAUCCUAUAUUUCUCGCUCCUCUCUAUAGGUGUUAUCAUAUCUCCCGCUAAUCCAAUCAGCACAGUUUCAGAGAUUUCCCGCCAAAUUCAGUUGUGCCAACCUGUCAUUGCAUUCGCCACGUCAGAAACAUUUCAUAAGCUCCCAACUCUCAAGUACCGAACCAUUCUCCUCGACUCUCCUGAAUUUGACUUGAUGAUGCGGGAUAUUAGUACGAGUAGUAGUAGUAGUAGUAGUUCUGGUUUUAGUGAUGUUCGAGUUGAAGUUAGGCAGUCGGAUGCUGCUGCAAUUAUGUACUCAUCCGGAACAACUGGACCAAUAAAAGGCGUGGUGCUGACUCACCGCAAUCUAAUUGCCAUUACUUCAAGUUAUCAGGUGGAUACAGUGAGGGACACUCCGUCAGUUGUGAUCUAUAGUGUUCCAUUUUUUCAUGUGAUUGGAUUAUUUAACUGUGUAAAGUCAGUGAGUUUGAGUGAGACGCUGGUGGUGAUGAAGCGAUUUGAGUUGCAGAAGAUGUGCAGAGGUGUGCAGGAGUACAAGGCUACGCAGAUUCUGGGAGCGCCGCCUGUGGUGGUGGCGAUGUCAAAGGAUAGUGUGACCGAGAAAUUUGAUUUCAAGUCGUUGGAGGCUGUGGUAUCAGGUGGUGCUCCUUUGGGAAAAGAUGUGAUUGCUGCUUUUAAAGCGAAAUUUCCAGAUAUAGAAUUGUUUCAGCGUUAUGGAAUGACUGAGACAACUGGAGCCAUCUUUCGAUCUAUAAGCCCUGAAGAGAGUCUGCAUUGGGGUUCGGCGGGGAAGCUAACAGCUCACUGUGAAGCAAGAAUUGUGGAUCCAGAGUCGGGUAAUGCUCUGCCUCCUGGCAAGCAAGGGGAGCUAUGGAUUAGAGGACCCCAAGUGAUGAAAGGUUAUAUUGGUAAUGCACAAGCAACUUCUGAAAUGCUGGUUGGUGAUGGGUGGUUAAGAACAGGUGAUCUUUGUUAUAUUGACGAUGAUGGUUUUCUUUUCGUUGUUGACAGACUAAAGGAAUUAAUCAAGUACAAGGGAUACCAGGUUCCCCCUGCAGAGCUAGAACAGUUGCUUCAGUCGCAUCCAGAAAUUUUAGAUGCUGCAGUCAUACCAUACCCUGAUGAAGUGGCUGGGGAAGUGCCUAUGGCUUGCGUGGUAAAGCGUUCUAGUAGGAUUGAUGAGACGGAGGUGAUGGAUUUCACUGCAAAACAGGUUGCACCAUACAAGAAAAUUAGGCGGGUAUGGUUCGUUAGUUCAAUCCCCAAAACUGCAUCUGGAAAAAUACUGAGAAAGGAUUUACGUAAGGCUGCUGCUUUAGGAUCUCUAUCUAGCCUGUAAUAUAGUUUUAUCACUGUGCUACCUCAGCGGUUGCAUUAUAUAUGGUUACUUCUAAAUUGUACUAUUGUCCGUAAACAAGGAUAUAUGAUUGUAUUUAAGCUAUGAAAUUCUCUGGAA